AUGGCUGACCAUGGCGAUGGAAACAUCAAGGUCGUAGUGCGAUGUCGGCCCCUCAACUCACGCGAGAUUGCUCGCGGCGCGAAAUGCCUCGUCCGCAUGGAGGGUAACCAGACGAUCCUUGGACCACCCGAGCCAGGAUCUCAGGGUGCACAAGCAGCGUCUGGUCGUGCUACAGAGCGGAAGACAAUGAACUUCACGUUUGACAAGAGUUAUUGGUCCGCAGGUCCCAGAGACGAGCCCAACUACUGCUCUCAGCAGACGCUGUACGAUGAUCUCGGGAAGGAGUUGUUGGAUCACGGGUUUGCGGGUUUUAACGCGUGUAUAUUGGCUUACGGGCAGACCGGUUCUGGCAAAUCUUACAGUAUGAUGGGAUACGGCGCCGACAAGGGAAUUAUCCCUCUCACGUGUUCCGAAUUAUUCGUACGAGUAGAGGAGAAGAAAGGAGCGGAUCCCAAUACCCAUUUCACUGUCGAAGUAUCAUAUAUUGAGAUCUAUAACGAGAAAGUGCGCGAUUUGUUGAAUCCCAAGAACACGGGGAAUCUACGAGUCCGUGAACACCCGAGCUUGGGUCCGUAUGUUGAAGAUUUGUCCAAGCUCGUGGUCAACAGUUACGACGAAAUGAUGCAGCUGAUGGACGAGGGUAACAAGGCGAGAACAGUGGCUGCAACGAACAUGAACGAGACGUCUUCCCGUUCUCACGCCGUGUUCACCUUGCUCCUCACGAUGAAACGACACGACGUUGACACGAACUUAGACACAGAAAAGGUUUCCCGUAUCAGUUUGGUGGAUCUGGCUGGUUCCGAACGUGCCAACUCCACCGGAGCGACAGGACAGCGCCUGAAGGAAGGUGCUAACAUCAAUAAGUCGCUCACUACGCUUGGUAAGGUCAUUGCAGCGCUUGCUACUGCCAGUCAGGCGGAAGGCAAGAAGGGAAAGAAGGGGAAGGCGGAGGAGUUUGUGCCCUAUCGAGACUCUGUCUUGACAUGGCUGCUCAAAGACAGCUUGGGAGGAAAUUCUAAGACAGCAAUGAUUGCGGCCAUUUCCCCCGCGGACGUUCAGUACGAGGAGACCCUCAGUACGUUGCGAUACGCUGAUCAGGCGAAGAAGAUCAAGAACAAGGCUAUCGUCAACGAGGAUCCGAACGCCAAACUCGUGCGGGAGCUGAAGGAAGAGUUGGAGAUGCUCAGAGCUCGGGUUUCCGGCUCUACCAGCGAAGCAGUAUACGAUCCCAAGAUCCCAGCGGCCCAGCAGAAGGUUACGUACCAGGCGAAGGAUGGCACUAUCAAGACGGUUACCAAGGCAGAGCUACAAGAACAGCUUGAAACCAGCGAAAAGCUCAUGCAAGGCCUGAACGAGACUUGGGAGCAGAAGAUGCAAAGGACCCAAGCGGUGCAGAAAGAGCGCGAGAAGGCGCUGGAAGAACUGGGUAUCACCAUCGACAAGAACAACGUUGGCGUACAUACUCCCAAGAGUAUGCCUCAUUUGGUCAAUCUGAAUGAAGACCCUCUCAUGAGCGAAUGUUUGAUUUAUCAACUGAAGUCUGGCCGGACAAUAAUAGGACGUCUAGACAGCGAGAAACCUGCGACUAUUCGUCUCAGUGGCGAAAGUAUUGCAGAGGAACACUGUUAUUUCGAGAACAAUGACGGCAAGGUUACACUUCAUGCCUUACCGGAUGCUGUCACGUUCCUCAAUGGCCGACAAAUCAGCCCUGACCAGUCGUACAAGCUUCGCUCAGGCUUUCGUAUCAUCCUCGGAGAGCACCACGUUUUCCGCUUCAACAACCCAGAAGAAGUGCGCAAGCUGCGAGAUCGUGCUGCGGCAAAGUCGGGCAUGUCAAUAAGCAUCUCUGCUGCAGAUCUGCAAACUGAGAACGACGCUGCGACUCGUCCCCAGUCGCCGACCGGGUCUUCCGUUGACCUCGGAGAUGUUGACUGGACAUUCGCCAGGCGUGAGGCAGCCUUUGCUCGACUAGGAUUGGAUCCUGCCCUUGAUAACCUUCCCGACGAGGACCUGAAUAAGCUCUUCGAGAAGAUUACCAGAGUGAAGACGCUCCGUGACCACAACGCAAAGCCUCGUCCUGAAAGUAGUCUCAGUCAAGCGGAUGACAUCUGGAGCGAGUCUGGCCGACAGUUCUCGAGCGAUGCGACCGAUGACACCAGCGUGGACGCAAUGACCAGUCAUGGCGACAGUCCAGAGAUGGGUGGCUCAUUGAAAGAGGUCCAAAACCAACUAGACUUGCAACGCGUUGAGUUUGAGUCGCGAUUGCAGGCAAUCGCCGAGUCGACAGAGGCAGAAGAUUUGAAGGCCGAGAAGGAACAGAUGGAACACCAGUUGAAACUUGUACAAUCACAUAUGAAGCGGCUGCUGGAUGCCAGGGCGCGCGGUGAAACGGACGUUGACACAACAGUCUUCGAACCUGUGUUGUACUCGGCAAGACAGCUCAGGUUAAUCCGAAAGGUUCUGGACAAGUGGCGAGCUCAUCGCUCAUUCUCCAUGGCUGAGGUUGUCUUAUCCAAUGCUGUCUUGGUCAAGGAGGCCAACGUGAUUAGCAAGGAGCUAGGGAAGGAUAUUUCCUACAAUUUCACCGUUGCCUCCGGUGGUUCCCUGGCAGCACCCGCAUCCGUCAUUGACACCAUCGCAGGAUUGGAUCAGUUUGGCGACGUUGUAGAUCCUGUUCUCUCGUCUGCAACUCAACCAUCUGUUGCUGUGAAGGUGCUUGACAAGCGCCACAACGCCAUUUAUGCAUGGUCGUUAGAUCGUUUGCAGCAGCAGUUGCAGCGUAUGCGCAAUUUGACUACAUUUAUUGACAGACCGUCAUAUUCCCAGCACUUCUCUUCGGAAGAACCAUUUUAUGAUUCCCCUCCUCCCGAAUACUCCUUCAUUGGAAAUGCCUUGCUGUCAUUAGCUCCCCUUUCACGGCGGCUUUCAUCAUCGUCCGUUGUACCUAUCUUCUGCCGAUACACCGCGGAAGCCAUAGGUUCUUGUCGUAUAGAGGUCAAGAUUGCAAACGUCGUCUUAUCGCCGAAGCAUGCAAAUUCUUCAGCGACGUCAACUCGUGCAUCAUCACCUGUUCCGGGAACCGUGCCGCCAGGGAGCAAGUUGAGUUUCUUGCUCAGCAUCGACUCUGUGAAAGGUCUUUCCCUUCACGAUUUUUCGUCCAUCCAUCUGCAAAUCCGGCUGUCCUCCUUUAUGGGCCCCACCAUCACUGCAGAAGAAGUUUAUCCUUCGUCGGCUGUGGAUAUGGACACAUCAUCGCUAUCUGAUCUAAAAUUCCGCCGUAGUUUCACCAUUGUUGCCUCGUCCAAGGUUCUCACCUACCUUCGUCAAGGCUACGCCCCGAUCGAAUUCUUUGCACGGCUUAGGUCUACAUACCUGGAACGAAUGGAACGUUGGGAUGAACUCCGAGAACAACGGAUACCACACAAUACUAUGUCAAGUUCUCCAGACAGUCGACCUCCCACUUUACCUCUGAUGCGUAGAUCGGAAAACGACUUUGUCACAGAACAGACACACGAUGUUGUUGCUUGGCUUCAAAUCAGUGAAUUGGCUCCGGACGCCAGUUAUGUCCCUGUACCCGUUGUCUCUCAGGGAAAUUUGGAUCCAGGCGCGUUUCUGUUGCAUCAAGGUUUGCAGCGUCGUAUCGUCAUGUCGUUGACUUCGAACUCGGGCCGACAACUACCAUGGACAGAGAUCACACGGAUACGGAUAGGCAACAUACGGCUACUUGAUGCGAAGGGACGCCUGCAUGAGUCAACCUCCAAGGUCCUUGUGACUCUUCCUCUACUUCAGCAGCAAACGAUCGAAUUCAAAAGUGACGGCACCGGUAGUUUAUCAGCAGAGGCGCUCUGGGAUUCUAGCGUGCACGACUCUAUUUUGCUGAACCGCGUGACUGAAGCUAAUCAGCGCGUUUUCUUGCAAUUGAGUUGGUCCGUAGCUGUGGAAAGCUGCUCGGAUCCAGUGCAAUUCACCAUGGACACCGCAGUCAGUAUUCAAACGCGCGAUGCUCGUCCACCGUCUCGACUCAUGUCCUUCAUGGGCUCGACGAAGAUCCUUCCGAAGACCAGCACGGUGUUCACGGUUCGCCUUUCUCCUCCUCUGACACGGUCUCCGAAGGAUCUCUGGCGGCUAGAUACAGCUGAGAAGUAUGUCCGCGGGGAAGAAGCUCUGGGAGCGUGGAGACCACGAGGUGUUUCUGUAAUCGAGGACUACUCCAGGCUAGUGUCUAUGGAACGGCGGGCUGCGGACGUUCAGGCCAUUCGUGUUAUCGUCGCGACAUCGCCAAAUCGCAUCACACAGUCGGAUGCUGCGGUGUGGGCAUCUGAGGAGCUUUUGAAGAAGUCACUAGAUCUCUGGCAGAAGCAGUUUGGCCAUCGCGGCGAAAUUGUCAUAAGCCAAGAUCCGACGGAUACAGACGAGGCGAGCGUGAAGUCUGGGCGGACGUCCGGUAGUCAAUCUACGGAAUCGUUGAAAUUGACUUCCACAACGAAAGUUGUACCCCGAAAUGAUGGCCCCACCAAGAAGGGUCACAUGAUGAUCAUGGUAGAUGCGACUGAGAAUAUCUGGGAGAGACGAUGGUUUGUACUAAGGAGACCGUACUUGCACGUGUACGCGCACUCGAACGAGAUAGAAGAGACUGGCGUCGUGAAUUUGAAGGGUGUGAACAUUGAACGCAAUCGGGAAAUGGAAGCUCUUCUCGGGAAACGGUUCACCUUCACGCUCUUCACUGCGUCCAACUCCUAUGCGUUGUCUGCUCCAAGCCUGAAAGAACUGCACUCAUGGACAUCUAAACUAGAUCCGACCAGACUACCAUCGUGA